GGCUAGCCGGUGGAGGACGGAGGUGGAUGGGGCAUGGCACGUCGCGCUCCCGACCCCGGAUCCAGCCAGCCAGCCUCUAUCCAUCCGUCCGUCCGGGUCUGGCCCAUCUCGCCUGCACCACCACGGCAAUCAAUCAAUCAGUCAGUCCACCUCCACUCCACUCCACCAGCCAGUCACUCACUCAGCUGCACCAGCUAGUGCACCGGGGCGAGCCUCGCUUUCACGGAGCACUGCCCGCCGCCGCGCGCUAGCCAGCCAGCCAGCCAGCCAGAGAAAGAACCGGAGGGAGGCAGGCCAUGGCGACGCCGGAGCACGCGCGCGGGGGCCGGGGCAACGCGACGGCCACCGCCAUCGCGACCAACCGGUGGGGGCCCUACUCGGGCGCGGGCGACUUCGCGGGCAACAUGGCCAUCAUCCUCGCCUCCCUGCUCGCCGCGCUCGCGCUCGCCCUCGCGCUCCACGCCGGCGUCAGGUGCCUGCUCCGCCGCCGCCGGCAACGGCAGCGGCAGGGGCAGGGGGUCGACGGUGUGGAGGACCCGGAGAAGCCGGCGCCGCCGCCCCCGCUGCCGCCGCUGCUGGUGUACUCGGCGUCCGGGACGCGGCUGGCGGGCGCGGCGGCGCACGAGUGCGCCAUCUGCCUGGCCGAGUUCGCGGACGGCGACGCCGUGCGCGCCAUGCCGGCGUGCGGCCACGGCUUCCACGCGCGCUGCAUCGAGCGGUGGCUCGCCGUGCCCGCCUCCGCCGCCCGCCGCCCCUCCUGCCCGACAUGCCGCGCGCCGCCCUGACGCGCGCGCGGGAGACACCCCCUUGUGGCGUUGCCAAGCGCUCUGCCUCUGCUUCGCUCCCUCUGGAAUUGGAUUGGUGCCUCCCGAGUUCUUCUCUUUUUCUUUUUUCCAGUCUAUUCCGCGUGUAAA